GACGGCACAGCUUUGAGACUCAUCCAAUAUGAAGUUCUCUGCCCUAGCCAUCAUCGUCACUGCCGCGGCCGGUGUCACCGCCGCCCCAGUGGAAUCAGGCCCGUUAGCCAACCUCCAAGCCCGCGCCUCGGACGCCAUUGGCACUUUCGCCCACUACAUCCGCCGCGAGCAGGCCCACGCGGCCGCCGUGCCCGAGGUGAAGCGGUCCCCGAUCCGAUUCCACAGCGGCCUCGGCCACGAGAACGCCGUUGAGCGGCGCGACGAAAACCCGCCGCCGCCGCCCCUGAACCCGUUCAGCACGCCGUCCCGGGACGAGAAGCGGUCACCGGACCUAACGGAGAGGAGCCCGGCCCAGAAGUCCGUGCCGCCCCUAAACCCAUUCGCGACGGGCAAGAAAGCUUCCCGGGUCUAGAUCUCCCAUCCCCUGGUGCCGUCUCGACGACGACCUGAUAGAGGACCGCCCUUCUCUCCCCUGGUGGGGGGGUUUUUCGACAAAGGACGGUCCCACGUUCUUAGCCCCCCGUUUGGAUCGGACUGGAAUCCGCUGGCAAGGUCUCAGGGUUUCGAAACGUAAGCUGGGCUUUCAUCUUGAUGAUAAACUUUCGGGGUUUUAUAACCCGAGAGGACUUUCUUGUUGUCGUUUGUG